CGGCACACAUCACCUGUUUAAGGCAACAACUCGUUUUCAAAACGUUUACAGUGAUCUGGUAUUCCGAAAGUUGCAGGGAAGCCAGCUAUUAAAAUGUGUGGUAUCUGGGCAGUAUUCGGUAGUGAUGGCGAGAUUGCAGAUCAAUGCAAUGCAGCACACAAAAUAGGCCACAGAGGCCCAGAUGCAUUCCGAAUAGAGAGUAUUAACCAUUUCCCUUCAUGUUGUCUCGGAUUUCACCGACUUGCAAUUGUAGAUGAUUUACAAGGAAUGCAGCCCAUGAGGGUUUUUAAGCAUCCCCAUAUUUGGCUUAUCUAUAACGGAGAAAUCUACAACCAUAAAACGUUAAAGGAAGAAUUUGACUUCCACUACGCAACACAGUGUGACGGUGAGUCCAUUAUUCACUUGUACGCCCGGGGCGGGAUCGAAUUUGCAGCUAGUCAAUUGGAUGGAGUGUUUGCUUUCUGUCUUCUGGACACCGCCAAUAGGAAAGUUUUCCUCGGCAGAGACACAUUCGGAGUGAGGCCGUCUUUCCGUCUGACCACCGAAAGUGGGUUCCUUGCCGUUUGUUCAGAAGCAAAAGGACUGAUGUCAAUGUUCGGAGAUAAAUCACAGGCGACUCUCGAAGCUUUCCUUCCCGGUCACGUAGAAACAUACGACUUGGACUCCAUAGGAAGAGCUACAUUUGUAGAAAGGACAAGGUUCCAUAAAAUAGGGGAUGCACCUGCAUACAAGACGCUGGCUAACCCUAUUGAUAACGACAUCAAAGGUAGCAUCAGGACACUAUUUGAAGGCGCUGUAAACAAGAGGAUGAUGGCAGAUCGGCGUAUAGGAUGUUUACUAUCAGGUGGUCUAGAUUCCAGUUUGGUAGCAGGCACUUUAGUAAAGUUAGCUAAACAGCAGGGUCUUGAAUACCCUGUACAAACAUUCUCCAUUGGAAUGGAAGGAAGCCCUGAUCUGCUGGCGGCUAGGAAGGUGGCUAAACAUCUGGAUACGGAGCACCACGAAAUCAUAUUUACACCCGAGGAGGGGAUCGCCGCUAUCGAAGACGUUAUUUAUCACUUGGAGAGUUACGACAUCACUUCAGUCAGAGCAUCUGUUGGAAUGUUCCUUGUUAGUAAAUAUAUAAAACAAAAGACAGACACGACAGUCAUUUUGUCAGGGGAGGGAGCAGAUGAGAUCGCUCAAGGGUAUAUAUAUUUCCACAAGGCGCCCUCUGCUGAAGACGGGGACGAGGAGAGCAGACGACUUUGUAAAGACUUGUACAUGUAUGACGUACUAAGAGGUGACCGGAUGACGUCAGCCUGGGGGUUGGAAAUACGUGUUCCUUUCCUGGACCACCGGUUCAGCAGUUUCUACCUCUCACUACAACCUAAAGCCAAGUCGCCCAAGAACGGGAUAGAGAAACAUUUACUUCGGUCAGCCUUUGACAGCACGGGUUUACUCCCAACAGAGAUAUUAUGGCGACCCAAGGAGGCUUUUAGUGAUGGCGUGUCCAGUCAAACCAGGUCUUGGUACGAGGUACUUCAGGACUUCGUUGACCAACAGAUAAACGAUACAGACUUAGAGGAAAGCAGACAUCGUUAUCCCCACAACCCUCCACGCACUAAAGAGGCUUUAUACUACAGACGUAUAUUUGAGAAGUCCUAUCCUGGACAAAGUCAUCUGAUACCCUAUUACUGGAUGCCGAAGUGGUCAACAUCAACAGAUCCUUCCGCGAGAACGCUAAAACACUACAAACAGUGAGGAUUGAGAAGGAAGUGAUGAACCUUAUAAUAAAAGUAUCCAGAUUUACUCCAGCUUUAUAUAAUAUAGAUAAAGAUACAUAAUGUGUAUGAUAAGUACUAAAUCUAUCAAUAUAUGACGUUAUGGUAAUUUCAGCAGAACAAAUUUGUUGUCCAUGGUUUGAUAUCCGCUUGAGACCUUACAAAUGUUGUCGUCUUUUAACCUUCCGCUGCCUGAACAUGAGAAUCUCCAACAAGACCAAGAUCGUCCACGGAGCUAUUUUGAUAUAGAAUUGCCUCUUGAGUAAGUUCUUGAUGCCAUGGAGACAUAGACUUCUGAGGAGAAAGACCACGAAACUUACUCAGUAUAGGCUUUAUUCUUCCGAGUACCUGUUGGAGAAUUUUCAUAAUUUCUAAAACAUAUCAACAAAAUCAAUUAUUACAAUUAAAUAAUGUUUUAUAUUUUUUAA